AUGCCUACUAGCCAUGCCCGUUACCGACGCGCAAAUAAAAUAACCGAUAAUGAUCUCCAUACCUUGGGCGACGGUUUGGUGGAGAUCCUAAACGUGAUCGAGAUAGAAGAAUGGCGGGGACUUAUCGACGUUGAGUGCCAUUGGUAUCUUUCACAAAAACUUAGGAAGUGGACUAUAUCCUAUGAAGAAGAAGUCGCACGGCCGACCGCAAUAAACGAUCAAUACGUCAGGGUCUAUGUCGCUUCGGCAAUUUCAGCACUCCCCAGUUUCAUAAGAACAAUUGUACGACAGAUGUUGAGUGCUGACUUGGAUGAUGUCAUGAGAACGAGUCUCUGUAUUGAAUCCCCCAGCUCUAUACUCGUUAUGGUGCUGGGCCUCGUCCGAUACUUUCGAAAGCUAUUUGUUCGAUAUCUUGCCCUUCCGCGGCCUCCCUUCCUAGCCGUCAAGCUAGUACAUGAUACGCCAAAUCCUGAAACGAAUUCAUAUAACUUUGAACCAAAGAGCCUGCAAUCAUGGUAUGUCCGACCUACUUUCUGGUCGAAAUGGGGACCUGGAGCGUUGUUGGUCAGAAUACUAGGAGGCGAUGUGCCAGGAUCUCGCGGAGACCGAUAUGAACCACAAGGAUAUAACUUGAUGAGUAUCGGAUCAGCACCACAGAAAGAGAAAGGACUUGAGGAGAUGAGGUCAGAUAUGGAUAUUAUCCGGGCGAGAGGUGUAGCUACAUGUCCAUUGUCGCAGGCAAAUCUGGUAACCUGGAGUGAUUUCUAUUUGUACUAUGCCGCCAACUAA